AGUCAGUAGUCACUACAACGUAGUAAUAACAUAGUGUCUAACCUAGUGACUACUUUCUACUAAAAUUAAUUAAUCUCUUCUGUGCAAAAACUAAAUAGUAAAUAACGUGGAAAUUUUAUUUGUCGUGGUAAAAUGGCCGGUCUAAGGGUGAUCAUGGGUCUGGACUCUGGAUUAACAUAAAUCGUUUCCAGUCCUGGACGUACUAAUGCAACGCGACGUCGUUGGUUCAUGGAAUAAUCAAAAAUUAAUUUGGAACCCGAACCGUGGUUUGUUUACAAUUUAACCUCAACACGUGAAGAAGGUGCCAUUUCAACAUUUUUUUUAUCUCCCACUCCGCUUUGUGUUUCAAGAUUUAAAUUCUAACAAAAUAAACGUCAUUGUGAAGUUCAAACUCUAACUUCUAAGUCUUAAUUCACUAACGACCGUUUAGUGACAAGGUAUACCCUGAAGUCUGAAUUACUGAUUAUUAUUUUUCAUAUAAGGAACACAGAACAUUUUUAAAAAUGAGUUUAAGAACGAAUACUAAUGAUCAACGGUUAAAAACCGGUGGAGAAGAUCACUUACUUUUACAAGAAAAUGUAGUAAAAAAUGGCAAUACUUUACUAUCCAUGAAUUCAACUAUGAAUUCAAAAGUUCAACCAACUAAACAUAAUUCAUUUACAAGUGUUGCUUCUGAGCAAGUACCGGUACGUUUGACUCCUGCUUGGGAAGAAAAUAAUUUACCAAACGACGAACUUAAUUUUAAAACAUUCAGCAUGGAUGACGCUGUACUAGAGACUGACCCCCCAAAAGACAGAUGGAAUAUUGUGUAUUUGAUCUUAGUUCUACACGGAAUAGGAAUAUUAAUGCCUUGGAAUAUGUUUAUAAAUGCAAAAUCUUAUUUUGUGGAUUACAAGUUGGGGAGUGAUUAUUUAGGUCAAUAUCUGCAUUAUGCAUCUAUUUUCAUGGCUUACUUGACUAUUGGCUCACAGCUACCUAGUCUUCUAUUCAAUUGGCUCAAUAUAUUUUGUCCAAUAGGCGGAAAAUUGACAACUCGAAUUGUAUGGUCUAUUCUUACUGAGGUACUUUGUUUUGUUUUUACUGUUGCAUUGGUCAUGAUUAAUACCUCUCAAAUGCCAGCUUUAUUUUUUUGGUCAACUCUGGGCAGUAUAGUAUUAUUAAAUAUGGCAAAUGGUAUUUACAAUAAUUCAGUUUUUGGAAUGGCAGCUAAACUCCCUACAAAAUAUAUUGGUGCUGUAGUACUUGGUACAAAUUUAAGUGGUACAUUUACAUCUAUCGCGAACAUUGCAUCAAUUUCAAUUACUCCAGAUGCUCGAACUGCUGCUAUAUAUUAUUUUACCACAGCACUUUUUGUGUUGCUUGCCUGUUUUGAUACAUAUUUUGCAUUGCCAUUAAAUAGAUUUUAUAAGUAUCAUGAACUCAUUUAUCAACGACAAAUUGAAAAUCAAGAUUCUAAACAAGGCGGAGAAGAUGAUAAAAUUCCUUAUUGGCGUAUUUUUAAACAAGCCAGUCCACAAUUAAUUAAUGUAUUUUUUGUAUUCUUUGUUACUCUUACAAUAUUUCCAGCGGUUCAUUCAGAUAUUAAAACAUCAAAUAAGGAUUUUAUUUUUGGAGAUACAUAUUAUACCAGUGUAAUGUGUUUUUUGACAUUCAAUGUAUGCGCACUUAUUGGAACAUAUCUUUCUACAUUGGUUUCAUGGCCAAAGCCAAAAUGGCUUUUUAUUCCUGUGGUACUGAGAGUUAUUCUUAUUCCAUUAUUUUUGGUUUGUAACUACCACCCAAUUGGUGUUACUAGAGUAAUGCCAGUACUGAUAGAAAAUGAUUAUGUAUUUUGGGCAUUAGGAGCAAUCCUCGGAUUAUCUAGUGGUUAUUACAGUUCUGUAGCGAUGAUGUAUACUCCAAGCUGUGUUGAACCCAGGUACAGUGGUGUUGCCGGUAUGUUUGGAGCUGCUAUGCUGCUCACUGGCAUUUGUAGUGGGAUACUCUUCGGAAUGAUAACACCAUUUAUUGUACAACACGUAUCUAUAUAAAAAUAUAUUAAAAUGUUUUAAAACUUUUUCAUGUUUAAUAAUAGACCUAUUUUUAUGCAUAUUGUAUUUUAACAAAUCAGACAUUGAUAAUAAGUAUGUUAAUUCGGUAUAGAUACAGGCGCAGAUCAAAAUAACUUGUAGUAAUGGAGCUAAAAUGUACAGCCCAAUAUUAUUUAUACCUACCUAUUAUACUUUUCUUAUCGUCCAUAAUAAUUUUAAAUAUUUAAAUAAUAAUUUUUGGUUAAUGUUGUUUUGGGUUGUCGUAAUUUUGAAGAUAUGCGCCUGUAAAUAGGUGUCACAGAAAUGUUAACUGAAUGAAAAAUUAAAGAUUUAAUAUGAAGCCCUAUGAUAGAUAAAUCUUUAAUCUCUUGUUCAUUACUUUUUCUUAGACAACCUGUAUUAGUUGCUCAAUUAUUGUAUAUUAAAUAUCAUAUUUCAUUUAUAUUUAUAAUAUAAUGAUUUGAGCAAGUGAAAUUGCAAUUAUUAUAUUAUAAAAGUGUUUAAUUUCACAAAAACCUAGUACCUAGAAUAUAUACACAAGACUAAAAAAAAAAAACCCCCCGUUUGUAUUGUAUUUAGAAUAAAAUAUUUUCUAUACACAUAGCUGAUAUUAAAAUUAAAACAUUUUUUUUUUUUUUUAUGAACUUUAUUUUUAUUAAAGUAUUCUAUAAUUGUAUUUUUAUUAUUAUAAAGUAGCUUCAAUUAUUAUAAUUAUAAAAAAAAAAUUUAAUUUUAAAUAAUACCUACUAUGAAGAAGUAUUUUGUAUUAGUUUACAUAAGAUUUUUUUAUCAAAUUUGUACAUACAUAAAAUUAUUAUUGGAAUAAUUACUAUUCAUCAUAGAACACAAUAGAAUUAUAAUAAAGUUAUUCAGUUAUUUAUUCAUAAUGAAUAUUUUUGUAAGUAUUAUAAAUAAUUAAAAAUCUUAAUUAUUUUGCAUUUUUUGAUGCAAGUUAGUUUAUUAUUAAAUACAAUACCAUUUUUAACUGAUUUAUAAAUCAUAACACCAAAUUGUGUUAACUUUAUUUUUAAUAAUAUUAUGGUUUAUGUUAAAAAUAUAAGUUGAAUUUAUGUGCUGUAUUAGAAAUUAGUUUUGCUUAAAUCAAUGGGUUGUAAACUUAAUACUAUAUAUUUAGUGAUUGUCUAAUUUGUAUUAUGAUACUAAUGAUCCUAUAUAAAAAAAAAUAAUUUAAUAUGCAUUGAAUAGAAAACAAUUACUUAAGCCUAUUGUGAUUCAAAUUGUAUUUCGUGAAUAAACUAAUAUAACAUUGCUUAAUUACUUAAAAUAUAUUUAAUUAUACAUA